AUGGCUUUCAUAGCGGCUCUUCGGGUGUGGAUGGCCAUUUUCGUGGCUCUCGCCCUGUACGCUGUCCUCGAGCUCAACAUCAUCAUCUUCACAACCUUCAAGACCCGCCGAGGGUUAUAUUUUUGGAGCUUCCUCGUCGCAACAAAUGGCAUCGCGCCCUAUUCCAUUAGCCUCUUGCUCAGACACAUUCUGCAGAUUGAUAUACCGGCCCUCUACAUUACUCUCACAGCCAUAGGUUGGGUCUCAACAGUUACCGGGCAGUCUCUCGUUCUCUAUUCCCGUUUACAUCUGGUUGUCCAAAGUCGGUUAUGUCUCAGGUUUAUCCUAGGAAUGAUUAUUAUUGACGCCUUCAUCUUGCACAUUCCCAACCUUGUCUUGUUAUCUUUCUCUAUAACGAGUCCCAGCCCAGAGUUGAGCUCGGCCUGGAGAAUCUUCGAGAAGAUCCAAACCGGUGGCUUUUUCCUUCAGGAACUUAUUAUCUCCGGAACGUACAUCAAAAACCUCUUUUCAAUCUACUCUUGGCAUGGAUGCCAAUACGACAAAGCCACCCGCAAAAUGCGCCGCAAUUUGCUUUUGGUCAACGUCAUUGUCAUCUUUCUAGAUAUUACCAUCGUUAUCACCGGGUACCUUCAACUCUGGGGCUUCGUCACUGCAUUCAGAGUCUUCGUCUAUAGUGUCAAGCUUAAGGUAGAGUUCAGCGUGCUCAACAGCCUUGUGGAAGUGGCGACACAACACGGGAGAGGCGACGAUAUUGGUGUCAACAAUUUCGAUGGCAUGGCACAGAAUCAUGGAUCUCCCCAUGGUAGCAAUCAUGGGGGGGUGGGAUUCAAUGGAUCUGUGUAA